AUGACGGAGGCAGUAGUACAUGGGAAUUUUGCAAUCGAAAUUUUCGAUCCGGCUGUUACGACCUGGAAUCGGUGGCUGCAGCGGUUUGAAGGUGCAGUUACUGUGUUCAAGGUAGCCGAUACGCAGAAAGUGGCUUAUUUUUUACACUUUAUAGGCCCUGCGUCUUUUGAUUUGAUCUGCGAUAAAUUGGCGCCAGCGGAUCCCUACAAGCAACCGUACACAAUUCUGACGGAUAAAUUGGCGGAAUUUUAUUCACCCAUUCCGUUGGAAAUCGCCGAGAAUUUCCGUUUCCAUCAAAGGAAGCAACAGGAAGGGGAAACGGUCCAGCAGUUUGUGGCAACAUUACAAAAAUUGAGCCUAUAUUGUAAUUUUGGCUCAUAUUUACAAACGGCCUUACGCAAUCACAUGGUGUUUGGCCUUCGCAGUAAGCGAAUACAGUCACGUCUUUUGGAAAUGAGAAAUCUUACGUUCGAGAAAGCUGUGGAGACUGCUGUUUCGAUGGAGUUAUCUGAGAAGGAUGCGAAUCAACUACAAGCAAUUGUACCCACGUCCGUGGAUUACGUAAACCAGAAGGAGGCUGGUAUAUCCCGGAAGAAUAAUAUUGGAUCGCAGAAGAAGAAGUUCCGGCGGGAGAAACCGAAUUUUACAAAUGCGACAGCGAAAUUUAAGCGUAACACUGCACAUGCAGCGGUACAGUUAGGUAACCUUUCCGGUAAUGUUACGUGUUACAGAUGCGGCGGUAAACAUCUUGCGUCCAAUUGUACGUUAAAUAGAGAAACCGUGUGUUUGAGCUGCGGCGGCAAAGGACAUAUACAGCGAGUAUGUAUGAAGAAAAGCAAGGCGUCUGUUAAUCCAUUGAGCGAAAUUUUAUGUGUCCAGGGUGAACACCAGGAAUACCGGGGGAAGUAUUAUACGACCAUGAUAGUGGAUAAGGUACCGGUACGUUUUGAAAUUGAUAGUGGUGCAGCGGUCACCAUAAUAAGUCGGAAAUUUUUACGUACAUCUUUUCCCGAUGUUUUAUUAAAACUUUCGGAUUUACGUUUGAUUACUUUUUGUAAAACUACAAUUCCUGUUUGUGGUUAUGUUGAGGUACAAGUACAUUAUAAUGGUCGCGAGAAGAAGUUACAUAUGUACGUUUCAGAAACAGAUAGAGACCCCUUGUUGGGACGUGAAUGGAUUCAACAGUUAAAAGUUCAACUCGCAGAUACUGCGUUUACAUUGAAUACAUUUUCGUUAGACGAAAUAAAUGCCAUUUUGCGGGAGUAUGAACAAAUGUUAGAUUUAUGUGAUACAAGUAUUAAAGAUGUUCAAGCACGAUUUACGUUGAAAGAAAAUACUCGUCCAGUGUUUUUAAAAGCAAGGAAAGUACCUUUUAAAUUGAUGCCAAUGGUUGAAAAAGAAAUCAAUAGAUUGGUUACUGAAGUGGAUGAACACCCACUUCCAACCAUUGAUGAGUUAUUUUAUUCGCUAUCGGGGGGCCAAAAGUUUUCUAAAAUUGAUUUGAAGCAAGCUUAUUUACAGAUGCAGGUACACCCGGAUGAUCAAGAGUUUUUAACAUUGAAUACACAUAAGGAUGACAUUAGGGUAACAGGACCUAAUGAUCGCGUACAUUUGGAGAGAUUAAAGGAAGACAGCAUUUGUUAUUGCGGAUAUCGUAUAGAUAAAGUUGGUAUUCAUAAGGAAGAUGCUAAGAUGGAGGCUAUUGAACAAAUGCCUCGACCUACAAACAUUUCGGAACUACGUGCGUUUUUAGGCAUGAAUACUAAGUUGCAUAGUAAUGAGGAUGCUUUGUCGCGACUUCCUGUGAUUGCGGAAAAUACACCGGAAUUAGAUGUAGUGGAUAAUUAUGAAGUACAGUUAAGUGAAACAUUGCCAGUUACACAUGUAAAAUUAGCCAAGGAAAUAGGAAAGGAUAAAGAAUUGCAAGUACUUUUACAUGGGUUACGUAUUGGGAAAUCUAUUAAUUUGCGUGACCGAUUUAAUAUUCCGCAAACGGAAUUUAAUUGUCAGCAGGGCGUUAUUUUAAGAAACAGUCGUGCAGUUAUACCAAAAACAUUACGAGAUCGAAUAUUGCAAGAAUUGCAUUGCGAACAUUUUGGUGUAGUAAAAAUGAAGUCAAUGGCCAGGAAAUUUUGUGUGUCGCCGGCUGAGAAGAUGUUUAAUAGAACACUGCGUACACGAUUAAGUUUAUUGGUUCCCGUAAUUAACCAAAAUGAAGGUCAACGUAUCAGCACAGUUAAGAAAUGGUUAUUGGGAAGGAUAAAAACGAAGUUAGGUAAAUUACAUUAUAUUGUUCAAUUGGAUAAUGGUAAAGAAUGGAAACGUCAUGUAAACCAAUUACGUAAAAUUGGUGAGGUUCCUAUACAAAAUGAAAAUGAAGAGGUAGAUGAUUAUACGCCACCGGAUUUUCAAAAUAAGCCAGUAGAAAUACCUUUUGAACCACAUGUGGAGGCACAAGAAAAUGUGCAACCACCCGUUCAAGGAACAGCAGAAGCACAGGUGAAUUUACCAAUACCACGUCGAUCACAACGACAACGUACAGCACCGAAGUUGUAUAAUGAUUUUGUUACAUCUUGA